UUUGUCUAUAUGCAUGUGUUUUCUGAAGUUGCAGGGCGUUUGCCCCUGUCGGCCACCGUAUGUAAUAGAUUUGAGAGUCGUUAAAGACCAGUUAAAGACCAGAAAAAGCCGACUACCUAACUCAUUAGAUUAUUAAAGCUAUAGCAAGUAAUGGGAAAUAGUUUCAUGUGAUAGCAUUUUAAAUUACAUCGGAGAAAACUUUAAACAAACGCUUUAUUUUUAACAGUGCACCGCCCAGCGUCAUAUUUCGAGACACUCCGGAUUAAAUAAACACACGCACCCCACCGCCCGUCACGGAUAUGACGUCCACGCGCUACAAUUCAAACUUCAGGAAACGAAAGCGUUUGGUUAGAAAACGGUCUCGUUGUUACCAUUGACAUAUUGUUACAAACGCACUAGUCAGGGGAUAUCUGCAGUUCUCUUUAUCUAAGUCCAGAUUACUUCCUCAACACCCAAGCAAGCAGCCAUGACAUCUAAAGGUGCCAAAGAGAGCAUCGUCACCAGGUUGGGUUUCAAAUCCAGCAACUCUGGCUCCAAGGCUGAGGCAGAGCUGGAGAAAGUCAGAAAGGAGAAUGCUCACCUCAGGAAACAGAUUGAUGAGAUGGCCAAACGACACAUCAAACCACCCGACUCAGAAAAAAGCAAGCUGCUGGAGAGGAUUCUUUCCCUUGAGACGCUGCGAGAGAGAAACAAUCAGCAGUUGCUCAUUAAAGAGCAGGAACUAGAAACAACAAGACAGCAUCUGGCAGCUAAAGGAGGAGAGGUGGUAGCGUCACUACAGGCCCAGCUGGAGCAGCGGAGGAAGGAGGCUGAGCAGAGAGAAGUGUUGUUCCAGAAUUUGUCACAGGAGACGGGGAACCUGAGAAACCAGCUGGCCACUGUAUCUGCCCGGUGCCAGUCCCUGGAAACACCGGCGGUGAAUGGACAGUUACCUCCUGCCGAUUUGGCAUUGGUACAAGAUCAACUGAGAGAUGCUCUUGAGAAGAACCAGCAGUGGCUGAUGUACGACCAGCAGAGAGAGGCUUACGUCCAGUCCAUCCUCGCCCGCACGCGGGAGCUGGAGCAGCAGCUAGCCCCGGCAAAGCAGCAGCAAACCAAACAAGAGGCCACUUCACAUGCUCCUGCCAACUCAGCAGGUCCAGAAAAGGCCGUUGAGCUGAAAAGCCACUAUGAGCAGUUGCUGUUGGGGGUACAGAGAGACCUGGAGAGGCAAAAAGACCAGGUUACCCGAAGCCAGCAGGAGCUCGAUGCGCAGAGGGAACAGACCUUGAAAGCUCAGGCCGACCUGCAGUCUCAGAAGGAGCAGGUCUCCAGGCUCCAGGAGGAGGUGUCGGCGCUGCAGAGCAGGUAUGAGGACAAGUGCAGCGAUCUGUCGUCCUUUCUGAGGCAGUACGAAGAGAAGAGCAAAGAGUCGGAGGAGGCCAAGAUGCAGCUGCAGGCAGAGCGACUCGGCAACAGACAUGCGGUGUGUGAAGAGAGAAAGGCGUUGUCUGAGCGGUCAGACAGGAUGAGAAUGGAACUGGAGAACAUGGACAUCCGAUUGGAGGAGGAGAGGAAGAGAUCUGCUGAACUUCUACUGCAGGUGAAUAUGCUGCAGAAGUCUCUCCUGAGCCAAAAUGAAGAACACAGGAGACUUGCAGCACUGGAGCAACAGAUCCAACUCUCUGCCAAGGACUUCGAGAAUGAGAAGAUUGAUCGUCAGAGCAUGCAGCACCAGUUACAUAAAGUACUGAAGGAGCUUCGCAAGGCCCGGGAUCAGAUUGCUAAACUGGAGUCUGCUAAACAGCCAAACAGCCGUUUCUCAGAGCCCAGCUCUUACAACAACUUUGAGCGUCUUACUAUUAACGACCCACCUGGUCUGACAUCUCCCUCUAAAAUCACCAACCUCCUGGACGAGAGUUUCCUGGAAUGCCCAAAGUGUCGGGCGCCCUACCCCACCAGCCGCCACCGGGAGCUCCUGGCACAUAUUGACUACUGCCUGGCCUGAGCUGGAGGAGAGUCUAGAUCUGUGGUACCCAGCCUGGGCAUCGGGACCCCUCCUCACCCAAGGGCAAGAUGGCAAAGCUGCCACACAUACAACAUAAGCAAUUAGAGAUGCACCGAUUACAAUAUUCUAGGCCAGUUCCGAUUUCCGAUUUUUUUUAUUGAGUUUGAACUGCUGAAACCGAUUUUAGCCGAUUCCGGUUUCAUAUUUUCUAACCACUUUA